CAACUUGUUGAACGAAAGAAGGCCAGCUCUCUGUUUUGUUGCUCCACGCACACACAUUCCGACGAGUGUUACACGUCACCAGAUUAAAGGAACUAUCGCAAAAACUAUCAGUGAUAAAGAUGCGCCAGCUGAAGGGAAAGGUGAAGGAGACGCGCAAACAGAAGAAGGAGCGCAAGCUGGACAACCUGGAGACCCAGGCGAAGAUCCGCACCGUGGUGCUGCCGGCGCUCGGCGUUUUGGCGGUCUUUCUGGUGCUGUUCGUCUACUUGAAGACCCGCCCCGCGGUCUUGGCCUAAUGUAGUCAUAAAAUGUAGUUUAUAGUCGUGGUCAGUGCAAUUGAAUCGUUGUAAAGACAUAUAGCCUUAAUAGUACAAUUAAAUCACAGUUCGUCCAUCCAAAAAGCAUGUUUUACAUAAAGUGGAUUUUCCAUGACACGAACAACACCCUGCUGUUCAAGUGCAGUUCCUGGGAAUUUGAGAUUUGGGGACAAAAUGUAUCCGAAUUACGGUCGUUGGUGGUAGUGUUGAAAACCGUCUAGCGCUUUGGCGGUUGAUUAAAAAAGGGCACUAGGAAACGGUAAAAACCGUAGCAGAGGCACUUCAAUAUGUAAAUAUGUGCAUAUGUAUAUUAGAG